AUUCUCGCUUUCUCAUGUCUUCCACCUGUUCGAUGAAUUGCGUGAAAGAGGAGAAGGAGAAGAAGAAGAAGAAUACAAGAAAAUGGCAACGACAGUCCAUCUCCUCAGCUUACUCUUCUUCUUCUUGCCCGCUACAUCGAUGGGUGGAGGUAUUGGCGUGAACUGGGGGACUUUAUCUUCCCACCCUCUACCCCCACCCAAGGUCGUGGCAGUCCUCCAAUCCAACAACAUUUCCAAAGUCAAGCUCUUCGACGCCGAUCCUCUCGUUUUGGAGUCCCUUUCCGGCUCCGGAAUCAACGUCAUCGUCGGCAUCCCCAACGCCAUGCUCAGGCCCUUGAGUUCUUCCAAGAAGGUCGCCGAGAGCUGGGUCCACGACAACAUCUCUCGCUACUUCUCGAAUGGUGGCGCUGCAGCUGUGCGGAUCGAGUAUAUUGCUGUUGGAGAUGAACCAUUACUCCAAAGCUAUGGAGAACAGUUCAAGCCCUUCAUCGUUGGCGCAGCAACAAAUAUCCAGUUGGCUUUGAUUGGAGCCAAAUUAGCAAACAAGGUGAAAGUGGUCAUUCCUUGCAAUUCCGACAUUUACCUUUCAAAUUCUACCCUGCCAUCGAAAGGGCACUUCAGGCCCGAUCUCAACAAAACCAUGACCCAGCUCCUCUCAUUCCUCAGCAAGCACGGAUCCCCUUUCGUUAUCAAUAUCUACCCUUUCUUGAGUCUUCACCACAAUAAGAACUUCUCCUUAGGCUAUGCCCUCUUCCGCCCUACUGCACAUCCACUGAUAGAUGGUCAUAACACAUACAAAAAUAGCUUUGACGCAAGCAUUGACACCCUGGUUGCAGCUUUGUCGAGGGUUGGGUUUGCUGAUAUGGAUAUCAUUGUCGGGCAGAUAGGAUGGCCCACAGAUGGAGCAAUGAAUGCUUCGUCUAUUGUUGCUCAGAGCUUCAUGAAAGGCCUAAUGAGCCAUCUACAGAGCAGAGCGGGGACACCACUUAGGCCUCGGAGACCACCGAUCGAUACAUACAUUUUUAGCCUCUUAGAUGAAGAUCGGAGAAGCAUAGCCAAUGGAAACUUUGAGAGACAUUGGGGCGUAUUCACUUUCGAUGGUCAAGCCAAGUACCAUGUGGAUUUAGGCCAAGGUUCAAGAGAUCUCGCAAACGCUCAGAAUGUAGAAUACCUUGCAUCCAAAUGGUGUGUGGUGGACAACAACAAGGACUUAUCAAAUGCCUCAGCCAGUGCUGUUGAGGCAUGCUCCGUUGCUGACUGUACGACCUUAUCUCUCGGAGGCUCCUGUUACACCAUCGAUUGGCCUGGGAAUGUAUCAUAUGCCUUUAAUAGUUACUAUCAGCAGCACGACCAACGGGCAGAUAGCUGUGACUUUGGUGGGUUGGCUCUGAUCACCAUUGUUGAUCCUUCAGUUGGAGAGUGCAGGUUCCCCGUCGGCCUCCGUACAUCGUUGUCCACUUCCCUGCAUGGGACACUUCAUGCCUGGUGGACACUCUUUAUAACUGCCUGCAUUUCAGUAUGGUCGCUUGGUUUCACAUAGUAUGCUAGCAUGUUGGUAUUUGUUUUUGAUUGUUAGGUUGGAUGUUGUUAGAGAGCCAUAUUGUGCAGUGAUCUCUGAUGACAUGUUUGCCUCGGCCAAAUCUGCUUAUGCAAAGUUGUAGUUUUUUCCUUGUUGUACAAGGUUUAAGGUUCCUUUCAAAGCCUUUUUUUGUGCCAUUGAUAGUGAUUGGAUUUCAAUGAGUUGCUACUUGUUUUA